CGUUUCCUCAUUUGCUGCACCGACUUACUUCGGCCCUUCCCUUGGUGACGCUAGUUUAGUUGUAGUAAACAUAGGAAAGGAAUACCAAGCGAAGCAUACACCAUUCUAUAGGCGUCUACAAUACUUGUAUACUUUUUUCUUCCUUUAUUCGCUUGAAUAUAGCUUAUAUGUACUAUUCACCUUUCAUCUCAAGCUAUACUAUCAGUUCGUCUCGCUUCCUUCCGUUGCCUCUCAAACCGUCUACAUUCUUUUUUACAAAUAAUGAUAUUUUCGGUUUGUGGUCUGACAUGCUCUUUUACUUCAUCUUCUGCUAUUCCUUAUGUUCUCUUUAAAAAUUCGCUUCUUCUAAUUGUAUAUGUCUCGUUUAAGCCGUAUGACCUCGCAGAAGUGCUAGUCCAAAUUAAUGAUUGGCAUUUGAUCUUAUUCCACAUAGUUGUAAACUUUGUCAUAUGUCUACGAGAGCGAUGAUUGGCGAGUUAGGCCACUUCUUGUGCGAAUUGCUAAAAAUGAGUCCUUGAACACGACGGGUUUCUAUUGUGGUCUUGGUGAGCCACGACCAAAAUAGUUACUGUAAUAGUUUGCAUGUGUUUUUGGUUGAAAAGCAAGCUGAAAUAGUUCAGUAUACCAGCGGAUGUUUCACCAGAAUAGAAAAGCACAAAAUUCUGCACACAAAGAGGACGUUACUAUUCAAAUGCUUAUACUGGAAAGAUCAGGCAUAGAAGCUCUGAAUUUCCAAUAUUUUGCGAUGAAGUCC